AUGCCUUGGAACUCGUGGCACCGUGCUGGAAGUAACGAUCUCCGCGCGCACUGGGAAGAUUUAGCCGAUUGGUUGAAUCGGUUUCUAAGCGUUGUUGUGGUCCUCAUACUGGGAUUUUUUUCGUUGAUAUAUGUGUACAGUUCACGUCAAAUCUCUUGUUAUAGUCCCAACAAUUUGAGCGAUUUUCGCCUGGAAUACAUUCACGAGCAGUGCUGGGCGCACGUUGUUGGUGAUCAUGAGAAGUACUCGCACGGUCCUAUGUUUGCAACACCGAGUAACGUCAUGCUUUCCAUCGUGGGAUUUUCUAUACCCUAUUUAUUGUGGCGGCAUUUCGCUGAAACCCUGAUCGAUUCUGCAAUAAAGUUGAUUAUGAAGCGAUUAGAACUUGCCUUAGACAAACUGGACGACAAAAUUGAUCGACAUACAAAUGAGGCGGCUCGAUAUGUAAUUCAAUCAAUCACAUUUAUCGACGUCCUUUCGACCACCACUCAACUAUCCGGUCCUGUCGCUCAAACGAAAACGCGCAUUACCACGCAAAUUACCUUUGUAACGCGAAUGGCUCGUUCCAAAAUGCGUAUCGGUAUCCCCUGGCUCCGAUUCGUGGUAAAAGCAUUGUAUUUGAUAAAUGUAAUUAUGCAGUGGAUAUACACAAAUCAAAUGAUAAAUUAUGAUUACAAACGGCGAGUGUUUAGAAAAUGCCAAUUGCAAGUCAGCCUCUAUGGUACACAGGAGCUGUCAUGCACUCUGCUUGGAGAUGUUUUUCUUUAUCACGGUUACUAUACAUUUAAUAGUUGGUUAUGGUAUGUGAUGCUCUUUACGAUCGCCGUUUUCUUCCUCUGGAUUGGUUAUACUAUUUGGUUGUCCUGUCGUCGCAUGCGUUGGAUCAAACAACGAUUAAUUCGAGCGCAUUCGUGCAUUCCGACGGAGGAGCAUCACAGUGACCAGGCUCAUCCAUCUUGUGCCGAGUGCGGUCUUGUUGUGGGUGAUCAUACUUUUAUCGUUGAAGCACGUGAUUUCGUCCGACUGAUCUCGCAAACGGAUGCAGUGGUCCUUUUGGAACUUAUCGAUCAUCGUGUCGGAUCCCUGGUGACGGAUCAAAUUCUGCUCAAAUCAUGGCAUAUCUAUAUAGGGCGUCGCGGAUUUGCCAAACCAGUUGCGUCCAAGCCGGGACAGCCACAUGAAAUUCAAAGUAUGCUUAUGGGCGACGAGUCGGCUGAAUAG